AUGAUUCAUAUUUCUAUUCCAUCUACUCGAACACAAACAGAACCUGAUGAUCCAUUCAACAAAUAUACUGUUUAUGAUAUUCACGUAAAUGGAGCUUUUCAUGCAAGUGUUCGUUAUAAUUUACUUUAUACACUUCAUGAAAAACUUGUUGAAACUUUUGGACAUCGUUUAGAAGCUCCCGAAUUUCCGCCCAAAAAAAUAUGGAAAUUAGACAACAAAUCUUUAAAUGAAAGGAGAGAAGCGCUUUCUAAAUAUUUACAAGGAGUUAUUUCGAGUCCAGAUGUUGCCAGACACGCAAUUAUUGAAAAUGCUUUCCUUGAAUUUCAAGUCAGAUCAUUUUCUGCCUCAAUAAGUAGAGUUGUUAAAUUAGAAAUUUUAUUACCUGAUGGAAGGCCUGUAUAUAUUGAAUGUUGUGCUGAUGAUUCUACAAAUUGUGUUAUGUUGAAACUUUGCCGGGCUAUAGUUAUGAAUGAAAGAAAUAUUAGAUAUUUUGGAUUAUUUCUUGCACAUCAAAGACCUGAAUUAUGUGAUAAUGGGGAUGAAAGUACAUCAAAUAGCUCCUCUACUCGUUUCAGCAUGCUUUGUGUUCGUUGGCUAAAAAAUUUCGAAUCGCCUUUUAUUUCCCAACAACUUUCAAACCCCUCAAAAGACCAGCAAUUUCAACAUAAAAUUCUCAUUCGUCGAGUCUCUUGGGAUCCAUCACUUGAAGAACCUUUAUUAGACGAUCCUGGUUCAUUAAAAGCAUUAAAUGAUAUUCAAAAAGGACUUUUACAAGUUCCUUCGGAUGUAAAAACAAAACUUACUUCACUUCAAGAAUUUGGAGAAUUUAAACAGUUUGUUCGUCUUUGUCAUUUACAAGUUGGUUAUGGAUAUGAAUGGUUAGCGCCUGUACUUGCAGAACUCACUCCAAAGGGUGAAAUGACACUUUGCGAGUUAAAAGUUGGAAGAAGACAAUUAUUACUUGAAUAUAAAGAUGUGGAGGAUAAUGAGACAAUCCGUACAUGCAAAUUAUUAUCAAAAAGGAUUCGUGUUUGGCGUGUAUCUCAUUUAGACAAUCCUUUACAACAAAAUAAUCAACAAUUAAAUAAUACCUCAAUGAUGACAUUUCAAUUGGAAUAUUUAAUUCGUAGAGAUGAAUUUUCCGUUUUUACAUUAGAAAUGGAAUCAACACAUGCUGUUUUACUUUCUUUAUUUUUACAAUCAAUUGCUGAUGAAAUUUUACGUUCUCGUGAAGGAUCCACUUCUCCUCCAUAUAAAUUUGAUGAUUGUAUUUCUAUACGUGCUGCUGAAUCUUUAGAAGCAUCAAAAGCUAAUUCAAUUUUGUCAGACCAAUUAAGUAUUAAAUCUGCUAGUGGUUCUUCUGUAUCUAAUGGAAUAGAGGGAGAAAUUAUGCAAAAUGGUUAUGGAAAUUUUGUAAUAAAAUUAAUAUCUUAUCAAAUGCCUUUUAUGGAAAAUGAAAGUUUUGAAGAUGUUGGUGAUGAGGAUUUGUAGAGAGAGUGUCGAUAUUAAAUUGUUGUCAGUAGGUCAUGACAGGAAUAACUUUUGCUUCGGGAAAAUUU